CUUUUGUUUUAGGUUAUUAUUAGUAGUAUUUUGGAUUUGUAAGGAUCGUUUAUUUGUAAAAAAAUUGAUGCUUAUUGCUGCAAUUCAGUUUCAAUCGUUUAAUCCUUUUCCUCUUUGAGUGAAAUUGAGCAAAAUCUUACUUGGAUGGUUUUAUUGAUCGGAAAUGUCAAAUAUUUUUGGAUUUUUUAGCUGCGCAAUCUGGAAAUUUAAGCUGAUUAAACUGGAUUUACUGGAGCUUCUUUUAUGGAAAUGAUUAUUGGAGAAAUCUAUAGUGAUGGCAAAUUUAAGGACGUGCUAUUACUUGGUGCAUUUAUUCGUGUAAAAGAAACAAAUAGAACGUUCCUCGAUGUUUAAAUUCUGAUCUUCUCUAAAAUAAUCUGAUAUGAAGCAGAUUCUGUUCCUGCAUCCGUAAAAAGAAAAUGCAAAAAGGACAAUGCCAGAUAUUUUUCUCAACAGUUUAUGCCAUUAACGAUGCUUAAUCAAUGCAAAUUAAUGACAAUUAGCGGUACGGUAGAUUAUUUUAUUGUUGUUGUAGUUUGUAUGGGGUUGUGUGAAUUCAUGGGGAUAGACAAUGAUCCUUCCAGCACGUGGCCUCCAUGUCCUCGCUCUCAUAUCUUUAUAAUGAUUUUGAAUUGUUUACACUUGAUGGAGGAAAGAAAGUAGAUAUAGUAUGGAUUCUUAAUCAUUUGUUUUGGAGUUAUUUUACUUUUUGCCUUAACUUAGUAGGGAAACCAACAAGAAGAUGUGAUUUUCCAUCUUGUUGAUUCUUGCGGACUCAAUUGGUGAUCAGAAAUUUUCAGGACGGUAAAGGAUCUCUUGUAAGAGGCAUUGGUCCGAAUUGUUGAUAGAUUAACUGGGCUAAGCGAAAGCUUUAGGGGUAGUAUUAAAUUUAAGGUGGUCGACUAGUAUGUGAAGGGGGCCGUCAAUGUGGUCUAAUUUGCACAAUUUGGAUGGAUGUAUAUGAACCUGAGCAAGAGCAAGCGUUACAGAAGCAAUCUCCUGCUGAGAGAACAAGACUACCACUGGUUUCAGCUAACAACAAGAAUGGAGCCACGCCACUUUCCCAAACAAGAGAAGUUCGUUCGAGGUAUAGGUCACCUUUACCAUCUUCACCCACGAAACGCUGUUCUUCGCCAAUCACCAGCAGGACAUCAUCAACCUCAACGUUUUCAGCAACAGCAAAGAAGGCUGUAUCAGCUGAAAGAAAUCGCCCCUCUCGAUCAUCAUCACCUCGAUCUCCAUCAACCCCAAUUCAGGAUACAACUGCAGAAUUGUUGUUGGCAUCGAGAAAGGUAGCCGGCUGCAAGAUACCAGAGUCCUUAUGGCCUUCCACAAUGCGGAGCCUAAAUGUUUCUUUCCAGUCUGAUACAUUUUCUGGUCCUAUUAGUAAGAAAGAAAAACCAGCUUCUUAUAUGCCUGAUCGAACUCUGAGGCAAUCGUCAAAUGUUGCUCAUAGACAGGCUGAAGCUCCAGGUUCAAGAAAGCCUACACCUGAAAGGAAGCAGACUCCACUUAAAGGUAAGAAUUCUUCUGCUCAAUCCGAGAAUUCUAAACCUGUUGAUAGUGUGUAUCCACGUAUGGUGGAUCAACAUCGAUGGCCAAGCACAACAGCUGGGAAAGUACCCACUGCCCUGGAUGAUAAGAAAAGACCUACACCUUCUCUUAGGAAGACAUCCCCUACACCUUCUCUUAGGAAGACAUCCCUGGAUAGGAUCACUGUUUCAACCAAAAGUAUCGACCUGGCUGAUAUGAGAAGCAAAACUUCACCUUCACCCCGUUCGGAAACAGGUACACCUUCCCGCAGGAGACUAUCUCCAGAUAGCACCGCCGUUCUUACUAGAAGUAAGAGCGUUGCUGAUAAGAUCAGCAAAACUUCAUCUUUAUCCCGUCAAGAAACAGGUUCACCUUCCCCCAGGAGACUCUCCCUGAAUGGCACAGCUGGUCCUAAUAGAAAUAUCGACGUGGCUGACAAGACAAGCAUGCCCUCAUCUCUAUCCUAUGGUGGAACAGGUGCACCUUCCCAUAGGAGACUAUCUCUGGAUGUCAAUGCUAUGUUAAAUAGAAGUAUUGACAUUCCAGAUAAGAAAAGCAAAUAUUCAUUGUCUCCCCAUUUGGAAAGAGGUACAUCUUCACUGAAGAGACUAUCUCCUGAUGGCACUGCUGUUCAGAGUAGAAGUAUAGAUCUAGCUGAUAAGACAAGCAGAACUUCAUCUUCGUUCCAUCCAGAAACAAUUACCUCUUCAAUCAGGAGGCCAUCUCUGGAUGGAUGCCCUGUUCCAAAUCGAAGUAUUGAUUUGGUUGGUAGGACUACCAAAACUUCAUCUUCAUCCCAUGCAGAAAGAGGUACACUUUCCCCCAGGAUAGUAUCUCUGGAUGGGAAAAGUAAACCUUUGGUCAAACCUACCAAUGAUUUGUUAGUAUAUCAUGAUGAGAGUGGAAUAGCAUUGGUCAAUGGGUGUUUAGUUGAUGAUUGUUCACCACAGAUUGCAAGACCUAAUUCUUCAAGUUCAUCAGAUAAAACAAAAAUGUCAAAUGCUGCCGCUAAACAUCUGGUUGUUCCAACUCUUGGAUUGAUAUCUACUGUGUCUAGAUGGAUCAGUCCCUCUCGAGCAAAGGCUGUCAAUUCUUCGAGAGGAUCCAGCCCUGCUCGGAUAAGACCAUCCAGCCCCACCAGAAAACUUCAAAGUGCAGCUUCAGUUCUUAGUUUCAUUACAGAUAUCAGACAUGGAAAGAAGGCUGCAAAUCACAUUGAAGAUGUCCAUAACUUGCGUCUUUUAUACAAUAGACUCUUGCAAUGGAGAUAUGCAAAUGCUCAGAGUGAUGAUGCAUUGCAAUCCCAGAGAGUAAAAGUAGAGAGAGUGAUGUGCAGUGUGUGGGUGGAAAUCACUUCUCUUUGGGACUCAAUAAUGGAGAAAAGGAUUGAGAUUCAGAAAUUAAAGCUCAAGUUGAAGCUUUACUCAGUUUUGGACAAUCAAAUCUGUGGUCUUAACGAGUGGGCAUUAAUUGAAACGGAUCAUAUUAGCUCAUUAACUUUGGCCAUAGAGGAUCUGCAAGCUAGCACAGUUCUCGUUCCAGUCAUAAGAGGAGCAAGGGGUAAUAUUAAAACAAUUAAGGAGGCUGUAUGCUCUGCUGUUGAUGUGAUGCAGGCAAUGGGGUCCUCCUUAUGUUCCGUACUCUUGAAGGUUGACAAGAUGAACUGCUUGGUGUCUGAACUUGCUGAUGUAGUAAUAGAGGGAAGAGCUAUGUUUGAUGAAUAUGAAUCAAUGUUGAUCUCCAUCGCUGAAUUGCAGGUGGAAGAAUACAGCCUUAGGAGCCAUCUACUACAGAUGAAACAAGCUUGGAGCAACGAUGAAAUGACAAUAUAUGGGUAUUAAGACAGCUCCAAAGUUCUUGCAUACGAGAAAGCUAUUUAAGAACUUGAGCUUUUUGCGACUGUAAAUGGAUGUUUUGUUGCCCAUUUUCUUGUCUCGCUUCAGUGUUAUAGGUAGGUUAGAAAAAAUAAGUUAUAUUUAUUCUUUUUACCCUUCUCUUUAUGGCCUCCCUUCAUUUUAUGUAGUUUGUACUUUGUAUUAACCUCCGAAAAAGAAUUGACACAAGUUGAAAUACAAGGAAAAAGAUUCUGAUA